AUGGUCUGCUUACUUUGCUAUGAAACUGAGAGCUGGGUGCAGCAAUACUGCUUGAGCGGUACAGCACUAUUGCAGGGCGCGGCCGGGACGUCGAUGGGGAUGAGGAGGGGCGGCAGCGCGGACCGGGCGCGGCGAGGGGUGGCGCGGGCACAAGGACGGCGAAGACGAGGCGGCGCGGGGGCAGCUGGCCGGCCAGGGACGAGCGAGGUCGGGGCCGGGCGGCGGCCAGGGCAGAGCGUCGAGGCGGCCGCCGAGGACGAGGCGCCGGCGCGGCAGGGGAUGCGAGGACGACCUCGAGGAUCCGGGGCGGCAGGGGCAGGCGUCGCGUCGGGGCUGCCGGGGACGAGACGCCGGCGCAGCACGCGCGGGGGAUGCGAGGACGAUGAGGCGUGCGGCACCGCGGGGCCGGAGGAAGACGCGACGCGCGGCAGAGCUCGCGGGGCGAGGGCCGUCGGGGACCAACGCGCGGCCGGGGAUGGCGGUGGCGGCGGCGCAGGCGGGCGAGCGCGGGAGCAGGGGCACACCCGGCCGGACGACGUCGAUCUGAAAUUGCGUUUCUCCAACAGUGUCAUCCUCAAUAUAUUUGUGGCCAACUUCUUUAGCUUACUCGGCACUCUGGUUGUUUUGUCUUAUUCACAGGUUUCCUUCUUACUCAUCUUACUUCCACUCUGGCUUAUCUAUAGGAAGCUGCAGUUCUAUUACAGGUCUACAUCACGUGAAGUAAGGAGACUUGAUAGUGUUGCUCGUUCACCAAUCUAUUCAUCUUUUACAGAGACUCUUGAUGGUUCAUCAACAAUAAGAGCUUUCCAGAAAGAAGGGUUCUUCUUAGAAAGGUUCAUCCAACAUGUGACACUGUAUCAGAAAACAUCCUACUCUGAGCUGGUUGCUAGUUUGUGGCUCCCAUUGAGACUCCAGUUGUUGGCAGGUUUUAUCAUUCUGUUCAUCGCAACAAUGGCUACUGUCACCUUCCAUAGCAGUUCCCUUGUUAACCUUGGAACACCAGGACUGGUGGGUCUGGCUCUAUCAUAUGCAGCACCAGUGGUAUCACUGCUGAAUGGCUUCUUAACCACAUUUACGGAGACAGAAAAGGAAAUGAUCUCUGUUGAGAGGGUUGCUGAGUAUGUUGGCAUACCUCAAGAAGAACUCCAGGGAUCUGAAUAUCUGCCGAGAAGCUGGCCAGCAGAAGGGAGGAUUGAGUUUGUUCAUGUAACCCUAAAGUACAAGCCAGAGUUACCACCAGCUUUGGAUGAUAUUUCAUUCCUUAUUGCAUCCGGCAUGCAGGACGGACUGGAGCAGGCAAAUCAAGUGUACUGAAUGCCAUGUUCCGUUUAGUUCCAAUCUGCAACGGCCACAUCUUAGUAGAUGGCAUCGAUGUAGCUAAAAUUGCUGUCCGAGAAUUUCGUGCACAUUUU